UGAGUCCGCCCGCGUGUCGACCACGUCUCUACUUAUCUCCACACGCCCGUGCGCCCAUAUAUCUAUAUAUAUACUCUCACACACAACACGCACAUAGAUAUAUCUCUCAUCUUAAAGGCAUCGCACCUGCGACUACAAAUUACCCGUCUCUGCAAAAACACACUCGUUUGUAAAUCGACGAAAAAGGGAGUGGGAUGGUCACAGGGUGGCAAUGUGUCCUGCCGAGUCUUGUCCUCUUCUGCACGCUCUGCGCUACCCACCCGACUCUCCACCAAGAUGAUUCUGAAACACUGGUGGAAAAGAGGUCGGCAGAAUAUCCAUACAAAUCCAUGCUUCACUACCUGCUCGUGGCGAUGUCGUCUCCCGAUGGCCAACAACAGGCACCGCAAUUACUCAACAGGGGAGUCAGGAGACUAGGCUCGGAAUUCCUUGGGAAGAGAUCUGCAGACAGCCUGGACGGUAAAAGUAACCACUCGUGCGAGGACUGCAACACUCUGGAGGACUUGGAUGAUCUCAGAAAAGAGCAGCCGAGCUUUACCGGUCAGUACGACUACAAUGAAGGCAACGCAGUGGAACUCGCUGCUGAUCAUGACUUGACUUCUGCACCAAUGAAGAGGUUCGCGCGAAGAUACUACUCAGGUGUUACUCGAGACGGCUUGAAAAACUUCUUUUCCCUUUUGAUGUCCAAGAAAAUGGGUUCAGAGUUUCUGGGGAAGAGGAUGGGUUCGGAAUUUCUUGGCAAGAGGGCUAUGGGCUCAGAAUUCCUCGGUAAAAGAGCCAUGGGUUCAGAAUUUCUUGGAAAGAGAGCAAUGGGUUCAGAAUUCCUUGGUAAAAGAGCCAUGGGUUCUGAAUUCUUGGGAAAGAGGGCAAUGGGCUCAGAAUUUCUUGGGAAGAGAGCCAUGGGGUCGGAAUUUUUGGGCAAAAGAGCCAUGGGGUCGGAAUUUUUGGGCAAAAGAGCUAUGGGGUCUGAAUUUCUAGGGAAGAGAAACUAUGACGAGGACGUCAUUCCAGUUUCAGAUGAUCUCUACGCCAAGAGAGCAAUGGGUUCAGAAUUCCUCGCUUAAUAGAAGUGUCGUGGUGAUAAGUUAUGCUUUCUGGUGUUAAAUAAGAGACUUUUGUGAGGCAGUUACGGUUCAUGCUUCAGUCAGAGGUCACAAGUGUUAUUUAAAAAAACCUCGAUACUAUAGAACUAAUUACCUUAACCUAUACACUUAACAUGCACAAGAGCCUUACAAACAACAACAAAACAAAAUAAACCACGAGGGUUUAACAACAAUCUUUCCCAUCUUUAAAUAGGAAGAAAAACCUGUCUGUCAUUUUUUUUUAGUUAUUGUGAUUCCUGAAGCCACACUUCAUAUCCAUUUUAUCUUUAAAGGCCAGUGACCUUACGCUAAGGACCAAUGUUGACCAAAUUUCGCUUCUUUUCCUCACCACAAUCAUCACUCGACACACGGAGGAGGGGUGACGAGUGAUGCCAAGUAAAUGUUUUCAUGUAUGUUGUUUCAUGUAAGCAAUGUCUGUCAGUCGAUUUCUCAAUGGAGGGACAUUAUAGAUAUGCGGACUUCUUACUUUCUCCUGUGUAAGACUUUUCGUGCCCAUGCGCGAAUGUAAACAUUCAGGGCCAGUUGAUUAUCUAUAUGACGCACCCUUAAGACCUAGAUCCAAAACAAAAACAAAAAUGGUAAAAGUACUUUCUCUCUUGAAAUGAAAAAAGUAGAAGAGUACCGUUUGUAGACUGUCGUCUGAAAGCAAUUCUAUCCCUUAAUGCAGUCGUGUUCCAUAAGUUUAACUUUCUGCACUGAUAACUUACUCUGAAAAUUUUUUCAACUACUAGUUCCUGAAAAUAAGCUUCUGAUACACAAAUACUGAAAGAAAUAAAUUUUAACCUUGACUCGGCUUACUUAUAUUUCAAGAAUCUUAAAUGAUUAAAAUACUGACGACAAAGAUUUGCUUUAUCUAAUUUCCUGUCCUUUAAAGAACUGUCCUCUAAGACAAUAACUAAAUGUCUACGUUAUUCCAAAUCAAGACAAAAUGCCUGGAAUAUUACGGCUAUGUACAGCGGCACUUUCAGACAUUUCAAAAUUAUAACUAUUGUUUGGAAGCACCAGCACUGUCCCUCGCGCAUGAAAUUUCCAACUUCGUGUCCAAGUAACUUAGGGGUGAAUAUAUCUCCCAAGAUCGUAACAGAAUUUCGACCGACUUUUCCCGUGAUUAUAGGCUCAUAUGACGUCAUCCCCCCAGAGCAAAUGAAGGAGGCACGUCACGACUACUGACAUCUUUAAACUCAAAAAGAGUCUGGAAGACUUUCUCAUUUAUCUAUGCAUAAUCAUUUUAUUUUUUUCUUCUAUUUUUUGCUUCGGUCUAUUUCCAGUCUAAUGUUCUCGUUUAACUGAGAACGUCUAAGUCUUUGAUGUAUUUAAUGAACCUAGCGAGUUUUCUUAAAAUUAGUUUCACGUUAUUUUCUCUGAAUAUUAAGGACACGUAUUCCUAAGACUAACAACCAAAGGAUAUUGGUGUUUUUAUCCGAGAUCGUUUGGGAAAAAAGUUUAUUUUCUUCUCUCCGUUUUCAGAAUGUACUUUUGAUGGGGUAUGAGUAUUGUGAUAACUAAGUGUAAAACUGAUGUAUUAACAUUUAAUGUUUAUUAAGACUUAAACACUUUGCAGACAUAUAGAAUGGAGGUUUUGACCCGUGAAAAAAUGUAUAUACAAAAACCGAAAAAUAAAAUUUCAGACACUUUC